AUGGCUUCCCAUAACGCUAAGUACUACAGCAAAAAACCAAGAAAACGAGAUGCGAAAGGAUGUUCGACGAUAACGUCGAUGUUUGCGAAAAUCGCGGAAUCUUCUACUCCCUCUAGUAACCCCGAACAAGCAGUGCAAGCAAGUGAAAUACCCAUGGCUGUUCCAUUGUCCGAUUCGGUCGAUAAUUCUUCUGCGAAGCCAAGUAAGAAAGUUGUUGUUCAGUCUCCAAGUUCAAGUUCAUCAAAUCAUAAUGCUUUCAAGUAUGACAUGAAGUACCCGUGGCUGUACCAUAGCUCUGCCAAGGGAGGGCUUUUGUGCAAAUUCUGUGACCUUUUCCCGUCUGGUAAAACAAGUGAAGGCAUUAAGUUUGUUGAUGAUGCCGUUAAGUUAUCAGAUCACCCUUCUCGACAGUUGGAUACACACGAGGAAACAAUGCACCAGCAGAGGCAACCUUGUAACUUGUCUGAUGCAUUGUCCUAUGAAUUCAUUACUAUAACUGGGGAACAUAUUGAGAGACAACUCCUCGAGUCAUUGAGGUCAGCAAAGUACUUCACAUUGCUAGCUGAUGAAUCCACUGAUGAACAGAACAAGGAGCAGAUGAGCAUCUAUUUUAAGUGGACGACAGACUCCUUAACUACCGAGGACCACUUCAUGAGUCUUGUCAACGUAGAGCGGACAGAUGCAGAGUCGUUGCUGAAUGCCAUCAACCAGUUUUGCAUUGGAAAAGGGAUCGACAUACGGCGGUGCAGAUUUGUUGGCUUUGAUGGUGCUAAUGUAAUGAGCGGUGAAGUAUCAGGCCUACAAAGGAGGAUUCGACAUCUGUCACCUAUCUGUUUGUACAUGAACUGCAGGAAUCAUCGCUUGGCUCUUUGUCUAAAGCACCUCAUGAAGAACUACCCAGUCCUGGUGGAUGCUGAUGCUGUACUUCAAGCCAUAUGGAAACUUUUUCAUUACUCACCACAGCGUUUCCAGGUGUUUAAGGCAAUACAGGAGGCAUAUGGGGAUGAGAAGUUAACGCUCAUAAGGGCUGCAACCACACGCUGGCUUUCCCAUGGUAAUGCUUGUGUGAGGUUUAUUGAUAGAUAUGAGGCCUGCCUUGAUGCAUUAGAUGCAAUAUACGACGCCAAAAAAGAGCCUGAAGUUUAUGGCUUAAGGCUGAGCGUUACAAACAAAAGCACAGUGGCUAUGAUAUUGUUGUUGGCCGAUGUGCUGAAGCCAGUAAAUGUUCUGAGUCUUGCUCUGCAAAGCUCUGACAUAAACUUUAUGGAUGUUGACAGCAAAGUGCAAGCUACUUGUGAUGAGCUGGAAUCGAUUGUCACCAGGGUACAAGCUCAAGAUGAGAACAUGUACUUCUCAAAAGCCCAGAAGGUAUUCGAUGAAAUUGAUGAACGGGCAGAAUUCCGUAGACGUAUGAGAAGUGAGAACGAAAUCACUCCUGGAGACUUUCUUCAAAAGACAGGUAUCCCCUUUGUGAACAGUCUGAAGGGUGAAAUAGUUGAUGCAUUUGUAUGCAAUCCAGUGUUUACAGCCUUCAGAGCGCUAGACCCGAGGUACCUACCUGAUACCCCAGGAGAACUUCUGGAUCAUGGACAGGACUGGGUAAAGACCUUAGCCGACCACUAUGCAGAGUACAAAGAAGACACCUUCAAGGGCCACACCACUGCCUGCCCAGCCGACAUUGACUCUAAGAUUGCAUUGAAAAAGGAGUACAGUGGCUUUGUCCAUCAAAUGUUUAUGUUGAGAAUCAGUGGAAAGGCCACUACACCAGGGAAACUUCUGGCAGCAUUUGCUGGUGACGAGGCUCUGCAGGCAUGCUUCCCUAGAAUGUUCCAACUCGUCCAGCUGAUGGUUAUCAUUCCAACAAGCACUGCUGUGGUUGAGCGAGGGUUCAGCACCAUGAACCUGCUGUGCUCCCCAUUACGGAGCACAUUCAGCCAGACCAAGUUAACGCACCUGAUGCAUACUUGCAUUGAAGGGUUAGACCUCAAUGAUAAAACAUUGGAGGAGUUAUGUGACGCUUUUAAAGACAGAAAGCCAAGAAAAAUCAUGCUGUGACUUGUGUGACUUACCUGUUACUAGUGUUUGUUUUGAAGACAAAAUAACAAAUAAAAACAUGUUUUGUUUUGUAAAACCACUUACUUAUUUAAGCAUGAUAAAAUUCCCAAAUUGACCGUUUCAUCGACUCGAAAAUUCCCAAAAUGGACAUUUUUGUCGAUAAAAAUUCCCAAUUUGGUCAGACUCCUUUUCCCAAAAUAGGCAGAAAAACCCCUGAUU